CUUUGGUGUGCAGAAGCUUUUUAGUUAGAUGCAAUUCUAUUUGUCUGUUUUUGCCUUUGUUUCCUUUAUUUGCCUAGACCAAUAUCAUGGAGAAUGGCUUUAUGUUUUUAGAUGGUCAUCUUUCACUUAAUACACAAUCAUUGUAAUUUUGGCCUUUUAAAUAUAAUUCAUUUAUAUAAAAACUAAUUGUUGAGCGAUUAUUACCUACCAGGCUUUCUGCAAGUGCCAGGGGAUCCAGAGAUAACAAAGGAAUCUCCUACUCUCAAGGAGCCUGCCAUCUAGUGGGAGAUACAGGAAUGUAAUUGAGUAGAACACAAUGAGAUUAGUUGCACAACAGCCUUGAGAACAGAACAAAGUUCUAAGAGAGCAUAAAGGGGUGGCACAACUUAAUUUUAUCUAAAAAAUUCAGGAAAACUUAUACAGAGAGGAGGAGUUUACAAGUAACUGUGUAGGGAACUUUCAUGGGCAUUUCAGUUAAAGGAAACAAUGUGUGAGGUAUGAGAAGCAUAAAAGAGGCUGGCCCAUAGGGUUGACUGCACAUGUAUGUGUUUGUUAAGGUUUGGGAGUGUGUGAGUGAAUGGUGGAAGAUGAGUGUGAAGGGAAAAGCAGUACUAGUUCUUGAACAUUCUUAUACAUGACAAUGAAAGAUUUGAAAUAAAUCCUGUAGGCAACAGAAAUUAGCAAAGAGGUUCUCAGUAGGGAAAUGGCAUGAUUAAAUUGAAGUUUUACAGGGAUGACUUUGGCAAAGCUGCAGAUAAUAGAUUAGAAUGGAGGAGAUCCUGGUCUGGGAAACCGGUUGGUCCACUGCAAUUGGCCUAACAUUUGAGCAGUAUGGGAAGAAAGGAGGAGACAUCUUGAAGAACUACUUAGAAGAUAGACUUAGUCCAGUCUGGCUGAGAAUGACAUGUGGGUGGAUAGCAAUGAGUCUAAGAUGGUCCCUUUAUAGCUGUAUUUGGAAAUUAAAUGGAAGAGAACACAUUACUCCAUGCUAAGGAGUAAUACAAGGAGAAGCAGUUUGAAUGGAAGAUGUGUCCAGAGCUCAAGGACUGAUUGUGUAGCAAGGUAGAAAUCAUUAAAGAGCCAAUUUGAAAUUUAGAAUAAAGUCUGAAAAAUCAAAUGCGAUUAGUGGAAAGUCUCUUAGAGGUUAACCUAUAACUUUUAUGAAAAUGUAGGAAUUUAUUUUCAUAUUCCUAAUAGCAAUGACAAAACCUUUAACUACACAUAUAUUUAAUAAAUACAUUUUAUAGAUACCUAUGUAAAAUAAAGAACAACCACUAUACAGACUCAGUGACUGAAAAGUUCCAGUGCAGUCAGUAUAUUUGAAUCCUACUGGGAGCAUUGCAAAUUAAAAUUACAUUUUGGGGAGACUAUAUGGCAAUAUAUAAUAAGAGCUAUAAAGAUGAUCAUAUCAUUUUACCCAGUAAUCCUACUCCUGGCUAUUAAAGGGAAGUAAUUCAGUGUAUAUUAAGGAAAUCAACCUUAUAGUUCUGAUUUUUUAAUAAGUUAUAAGAAAAUGUUUAAUGUGUAUGUGUAUAUAUUUAUUCAAAGUAGAAACACGAAGGCUAAAAAAGGGAAGAUAUUUAAAUUGGUAUUAAAACAAUAUUUAAAAUGACCACAAUUAUGAGAACACAUGUAUGCCAAUACAGAGUCACUGGAAAAAUAUUAGAAAUGAAAACACCAGAUGGUAAGAUUAUAAUUUUCUUUUUUAUUUGAAAUAAGUAGGUAUAGCACAACUUUUAGAAAGCUUUUAUAAGUGUGUGUGUUCAGUUGUAAUAAAGCAAAUAUAUGCAUAUAGACAUGCUCAAGCCAUUAUUUAAUUGUUUCUUGGGUACCUGGGGAGAUUGGUUUGACGAAAGGGGAAUAACUUGAAUAAGGGUGGUGGAGAAAAAAGAAAGCAAAGGAUUGAGAAACUCAGUGUGGCAGCAGCCUCUCUUCACCUCCUGAGAGAGUCAAAGGGUGGCACCAGGGGCUCAUGAUCCAUGGUUGUGGAAGACCCAUGUCACACUGGAUGUCACAUGAGGUGGGAUAGAACACAGAGACCACCCCACCUCAUUUCCUUUACAGUUUCCGUGCUGGGCCAUGACAGUGAACAGCCUUCAGGCAUGUCUACGGCAGAAGAUCUAUAUUCAGACUGGUGGCAGGAGACAACACAACCACGUUUUCUUUUAUGCAUACAUUUGGUUUCAUUGACACAUUAACCACAGGCGAAGGGGCAAAGGCCGCAAGGAAGUGUGCUGACCAUUGGAGGAAUAUAAGAGGUCCUCAAAGAGCCUGAUCCUCACUCUCUCCCUGAACAGCUCAGCAGGACCUCAGCCAUGAGACUUCUCAUCCUGGCCCUCCUUGGCAUCUGCUGUCUUACUGCGUACAUUGCGGAAGGUAUAGGGAGUGAAGUCUCAGAUAAGAGUGUCUGUGUGAGCCUCACUACCCAGCGACUGCCAAUUAACAGAAUCAAGACCUACACCAUCAAGGAAGGCUCCUUCAAAGCAGUAAUUUUUAUUACCAAACGUGGCCUAAAAGUCUGUGCUGAUUCACAAGCCAGGUGGGUGAAUGACAUGGUCAAGACCCUGGACAGGAAGUUCAAGACCACAAAUAACAUGACCCAGACCAAGCCAACAGGAACCCAGCAAUCAACCAAUACAGCUGUGACCAUGACUGUGUAGCCUCUGGCACCAUGACCCUCUCUCCAGCCAGCCAGCUCAUUUCACUUUAUACAUUCAUGGACUGAGUUUAUGCUCACUUUUUAUGAAAGUACUGCAUGAAUACAAUUAUUCUUUUGUAUUUUUCUUUUAAAUGCCUUCUGCAUUCACUUAUAUGUUCUAAUGAAUAAAUAUUUAUUAUUAAGAAU